AUGGAAAGGUUUCAAUUGAAUGUGAUUGAAAGCGUGCCUGAUUUCGGUGUGGUGUCAUAUCUGGCCGACGCAGAAGGAAACAUCAACGUUGGCUCCACGAUGACUCCUGUACCAACAAAGCCUUCAAAAAGAUCAUUUCCCACCACACCCAGCACGGUCACUCCAACUCUAACAUCAACCCCGACUAAUGCAAACCCCCAAAAUAAAACUACAGCUACUGAAAACCAAACCUCUAGUACAGACCCACCAACACAGAUCAGUGAAAAUCAAACCACAAGCACUCCUUUAAACCCACCAGAUCAAUCCUUGGGUUCCCCUAUUCCUCAAAACCAAACCUUAGGUACAGUAAUACACUCAAAUCCACAAUGCUCCAGUCCCACAGAAGAAGAAGAGGAGUUUGUGGAUGAUGGGAAGAUGACAGGCAGGCUGGAAGAAGCAGAGGCGGCUGAAGAUGAGCAUCUUACAGAAGCUGUUUCUACACAUGAACCAGAAACCACAUGUCCAACAGAACCAGAGAACGACCCAGAGGAACCUACACCAGAUCCUGAUACUGCAAACUAGGACUGGAAAACUGAGAAAUGUUUGAGGACACAGUUUAACUCUCUUUUAGAAUUAGAGGAACUGGGUGCAUGUGACUUAUUGAUUUAGAGCUUUAUUGAUUAGUAUCUGUUUUAGCAUGGUAAAAAAUGGUUUGGGUUGAUUUGAAAUUAUAUUUCAGUAUUUUUGUGUUCACAAGAGAAACUAUAUUAAAAAAAAUAAGUAAAAGUGUGGUUCAGAGCUUUUGCAAGCGAAAGCCACAAUUUCUAAGAGGAAUGGUACAGAGUCCAAACUAACUGUGAAAGUUCUGGAAAAGUUUUGAAUAAAUAAUGUUCUUCCAGUUACUUUAACAGAACGUUCACAAAAAAAGUUGUUUUUUUUAACCCUUUGGUGUUGUUGUUUUAUUUUAUAUUCAUAUUGAUGCUUUUAUUAAGGGGUUUACCCAAAAAUGAAAGUUUACACACUAUUUACUGGUGGUUCCUAAACCUUUAUGAGUUUCUUUUUUAUGUUAAAAAUAAAUUAAGAUAUUUUGAAGAAAGCUGGAAACCUGUAACCAUUGACUUCAA